AUGUUAUCUAAAGCAAAAAGUCACAAUGAAUCAAUACAUUCAAGCGGCUAUGAGAGUGUUUCUCACAUAGAAGAAGACGACGACGCUAGCCUAUCAUUGUCGUUUUCUUCCUUAAGAAGUUCGCAUUCGCACUUGGUUUCAAAAGUCACCCUCCCUGAAUUUAUGUUUCAUAAGUCAGGUUUUAUGAGGGUAAAAUGAGAUAUAUUUAUCAUUAUUGUAGUCUUAUAUAACACGUUCACUAUCCCUUAUAUUUUAGGUUUUGCUAUAGAAGAAAUGGCAAACCCUUCAAUUAAAGCUAUUGGGCUUAUUAAUAUGAUAGUUUUUUCAGGUGAUAUAAUAAUGAAUUUUAGAACCACUUAUUAUGACUCCACUUCCGGUGAUGAAGUGUUUGACACUAAAGAAAUAGCUAUUAACUAUUUAAAAAAUAGGCUUGUUUUUGAUAUACUAGCUGCUUUACCUUCAGAAUAUUUUUAUGACAUUCCUGCAUUUACACUGUUCAAGCUUACAAAACUAGAAAGGAUCCUUAAAGUUACCAAUGAUUUGAUGUUCAUGAAAAUGACUGAAUGGAUUAAGCUUUUUAUUAGAUUUUGCACAAUUUUGUUAUGGCUUGGUAUUUAUCUUCAUCUUUUAGCUUGCUUUUGGUUUUAUUUAGUAAAUGAACAAGAUGAUAGUCACUCUUGGGUGCCGCCUUGCCUUUCUCUAGACUCUAACUUAAAAUAUCUAUAUGAGUCUCCCAAUUAUUUUAAAUACUCCCAGGCCUUAUAUGCGAUGGUUUUUGCAUAUUCUGGGAUUGAAUUUUGGCCUCGCACAACCCUUCAAUAUGCAAUAGGUGGAAUUCUAGUACUAGUCGGCUCAAUCAUUACUGCUGUCGUCUUCGGUCAAAUUUCAGUCAUCAUGGCAAGCUUGACCCGAGAAUCCCAAAGACUAAGCGACCUACACGAUGUUGUUAAUACCGCAAUGAGAAACAUGAAGUUGCCUGAUGAGCUCCAAAUGAAAAUCACUGACUAUUUAACCUCCUCAUUCAAAAUUUUAGACCAGCAAGAAAGCUACGAAGAUUUUUCAAAAUUAAUUCCCCCUAGUAAAAAACAAAAAAUCAGUGCGUGUUUAUUUGAAAAAGUUUUUAGGGAAAGUGAGUUUUUUGAAGGAAAUUCACAAUUGAUAAAAUUUGUUUUGCAAAAAUUAGAUAGUCAGUUUUUUCAGCCGGAAUAUUCUGUUGUAAAUCAGUUUGAUACUGAGGAUUGCAUUUAUUUUGUAGGGAUGGGGUCUUGUGAAGUAGAAGUCUUAGAUGAGUAUAAAAAUUCACAUUCUGUCAGAAUAUUGGAACCAGGCUCUUAUUUUGGAGAAGUUUCAGCGCUUUAUAAGACACCUAGAACUGCAAGUGUUAAAACUCGGACUUAUUCUACCCUUGCUGUUAUAACAAAACCUAUUCUUGGUGAACUUUUAAAAAAAUUCCCUGAAGUAAAGCAAACUUUUUUGAACUCAGUUUCCACUUAUAAAGAUAAUUAUAAGUCCUUCCUAAAGCGAACCUUAGCUAGAGUCCCAUAUUUUGAUAACAUCUCACCAAGAGCAGCAGACCAUUUAAUUUAUUCCCUUGAUGUCGAAAACUAUGCCCCAAACUCAUACCUUUUCCAACAAGGCCAAACUAUUGAUAAAGCAUUUUUAAUUUUAGAAGGAAAAGUCCAGAUAAUUUUUGUCGUUUUUGAUAGUAACCUUACAUAUAUUUUGAAAAAUAAACAUAGGCAUUCUUCAGUUUAUGGUGGAGAAAAUUUAGGAUUAAGCUCAAGAAGUAAAAAAAGCAACUCAGGGUAUGGGAAUUUAAAAGGAGUCAAAAUAGUUAUAGAUGAGCUAGGCAUGGGAAGUGUGUUAUGCUCCAGGCAUUUAUUAAUGCAAUAUCCAGCUACAGUUAUUUGUAGAGUUAUUGAGCCUACAAGGGUUAUGGUAAUUACAAAUCCUGAUCUUGAAGACUUAUUGGUAGAUUUUCCAAAAUUGAAGAGGAAAAUAGAAGCUCAAAAAAUUGAAAUGCAAGUUUGGGAUAAUUUCAGGCAAGAGUACCUAAGAAAACAAAUCCCAUUAGACUAUUCCAAAUGCUUUAAAUACGACAAAACUGCCAACCGAAAAGCUUGGAAAUCCAAAAUCAAAGUAAAAAAUGAAGUGAUUAAGCUUAUAAUGAAAAAGCGAAAUAGAAAAAACACCAAAGUCACUAGCAGCGUCAAAGCUAUGGUCGAAAAAAUCCGAGCUAUUGUGACUGCUGAAGAAAAAGGCCAUACUGCGAUAGCCCUGAAAAUUUCAAAAGGAGAAAUCCCACCUGAAGCGUUAGAAGUGAUUGACUUUUUAGACUCAGAAAAAAUCACAAACCCAGUUUUAACCCAAUUUGCGAUAAAAACCAAAGAACUGUCAAAAGUUGUAGGCACACUUUCUCACAAGAUGAGCUCAAUGAAUGAAAAAUUAAUAAAUGUAGAAACUGCAUGCGACGAUAUUGGUAGAAAAAUAAGCAGACUGCAGGAGACUACCAAAGCGUUAGAGCUAUCUUUAUAA